AUGGCAAAGAGGUCCAAAGUUAGUCGUACCCCCUCCUUAGGGAGUGAUGUUGCGACAAUUGCUGCUUAUCUGCGCCACUCAAGCGCAAGCGCAAGACGUGUUGGUUCAAGCAAGAUCAAAAUCACACUCAAUUUGGAUGCCAACACAAAUCGGCAGUAUGAAAUCGAUACCAUGGACCGGUUGAUUGUAGUGUUUGAUGAGUUUUGUCGCGGCUUGCAUUUGGACUUGUUCCAGCACCGGUUCUUCAAUGGCAGAACCCCGAUAUCCAGCUUGGAAACGGGGUUCAGUGCUGGUUUGCGAGACGGAUCCAUUGUGAGAGUUGAUCUAGUGGAUAGCUUACAGUUGUUGCGGACGGGCUCUGCUAUAUACUCUGGUCGAGCACAGGGUAGACGUGGGGUGAAAAAGCGACCUUAUCCACGUGACGAAACUCCUGAGUUGGAAAACUUUGACUGUGAUAGUCAAAGUGGUGAGGAACUUGAUGGCGAAGAUGACGAUGGUUGCAGUGGCCCGGAUUUUGAGCCCGGGAGACAACAAGUGCACCAAUUGAAACAGAGGAGCAAGGGCGAAAAGAACCUCAAAAGUAGAGAAAUAGAGAUGGUGGAGAAGCAAACAACUGCGAAACAAGCUGGGCAUAAAAGACGGCGAGUAUACGUGGUUGUGAAGGAGGAAACAACAGAGGCACACCCGAAAGAGCGAAGCACGGUCAACUGUGCCGGUGUCAAGGUUGCAAAGCAUCCGAAUCCAGUCGAGGUCAACUCCACUCCAGAUGCGAGUGGCAGUCACAGAGAUGCCAUAGAGAUUAAGGACGGUGUCUCGGACGAAGACGAUAAGGAGGUCAACGAGGGCAUUCCUGAUGUUGCUGUUGCCCACGAUCUUAACGAUGAUGAUGAGGUCGUGGUGGAUCUCAAUGUUGUUGACGGCAACGGCAACGGCAACGGCAACGGCAACAGCAACGGCAACGGCAACAGCAACAGCAACAGAUGUGACCUGCGUGAUGACAGCACGGCAAAGAAGGACCUGCGAGACACCACCAUCAAUGAUAGCGACUCCAUUUCCGAUACUUGCAAACCGGAUUCAAGUAUGACCAGCAUUGGCAGUGACGCUUACCUGAUCAACAAUGCUUCGAAUGAGAAACCCGGCAACGGCAAAGCCGCAGAUAACACCACAGAUUCCACCGCAGAUAUGCUUCCCGAAGUUCGAAUUACUGCAAAAUUCAAUGACGUUUCGUCUACUGUUCAAAAAUAUUUGGACGAGAACACGAAGGACGUAUUGUCCGACUUAUGCAAGGUCUGGAGUAUUGACUUGCUGAAAACCGAUUUUUACCAAAUCGAUGGCCUGGGCAACGAACGGCUUUUGCAAAUAGAUGAUACUAUUUUGUUUGCAAGUUUGAUAUUGGAGAACCUGGGUCAAAAUCCGAACCUCUACGAGGUUUCUGUGGUCGGUAGACCUGCAGUUGAGAACUCGAGAAACCAUUUGAACCCAUUGACAGAAGAGAAUGAGAGUUUGAAGUCUCAGAACGGACCAAUGCUUUGUCCUCCACUAGAUUUGGAAAUUCGCGGUCGUCAUGGAGAGACUCCUACCGGUUUCACGCCAACAACCGUUGCUCAGAAUGGGAAAAUCCGUCCAGACAAUGGUGCAGCUACUGAGACUUUCAAAGUGUCCGUCAUGCCUACCUACGGCGACAGUAUCCAAGGUGAUGCCAAUGAAAAAAUGGAUGCAAAUGACAAAAACACGGAGUCGGCCAGUCGAGAUAUUGACAAAGUUGCCAGUGACGACGACAAUGACAACGACCAGUACAAUGAGAUUAACCAAGAUAAUGCCAACACCGACAUCCAGCCCGUUGAUUUAAACAAGGACACGGUUACGAGCAAGAAUCAAGCUGCCUCUCACGACAAUGACAGCAAAACGAAGAGACUGAGAUCUCAAGGUUUUGAUGAAAAACGCCGCCAAAAUGAGGACCUGACCAGCCGUGCUUCCAGCAUUGAAUAUGGUGGCGGCGACAAGACUACAGACAGCCUCAAAAUCUGCAUGUACGAAGUAGACGCAAACCACUGCUUCUUGUCACAGAAGGAUCCCGGUGAUCGCGUAAAGUUUGAAAUAGAAUUGCCAGGGAUACGAACGAUUCCGUUUGCUAUUCGCCGCCACAGCCUACUAGGCUAUACUAUAGAUAAAUUCACGGCAGAAAUGGGAUUGCCGAUACGUGGUGCACGAGAGGCACUUUCAUUCACCUACAAGGGUGCUAGUCUAAGUGUUCAUGAUACCCCACACAGAAUAGGAAUAGAAGAGGGCGACCUUGUUGUUGCUACUUUUGGGAGUAUUUCAACCACUGUGGAAAUUGAUGAAAAAACAACAUGGCAAGCUUCAAAACGGUUAGAUCUUCCACCAAGUGAGGUUUUGAAAGAUUUUUGCACAAAAUAUGACGUUGACUUUGCAAAGACAGAUUUCUUUCGGAUUGAUUCCCUUGGUAAGAUGCGACGCUUAAAAAAAGAAAAAUCCACCUAUUAUGAGAGUUUGGAAUUGGAGAGCAGGCCUCAACUCCUGAGAUACUAUGGGAUAGAUUUGUUCUUCAAACCUGCUGCCGCCAACGCCACCAGCUUCACUGCCACCAGCAUCAAUGGGCUGAGCGAGAGCGUUGUAAAGAGUGGGGAAAGUUUAGCGUGUGCUGAAGAGGCGAAUAUUCUUCCAAGUGAAAAACCCAACGUUGGCGAAAAGGGUCUUGAUGAGCCCAUAGCCAGUGAAAGCGAUGGCAAGGGUGUUGUCCAUGAUCUGCACCCUAGCAAUACUGUUGAUGAAUGCCCUUCACUGAGCAAGACCGAUUUUGUCCACGAUGCUAUUGUUGAAGAUAACAGAACAACUGCCGUACUUACCUCCACAUCACCAAGACCUCAAGAUGAUCUCGUCAAUGCAGUUGUUGUUACUGUCGAAAACAACGUCAAUACAGAAGACGCUAGCGUUGGUGACAACUUAAACGGCGAUACCGUCGAAGAUCUCGAUAAAGACAUGGUUGUAACUGACAAAGAAGGCGAUGGAGAAAACGAAGUCGAGAACGAAGUUGAGCACGAAGUCGAGAACGAAGUCGAGAACGAAGUUGAGCACGAAGUCGAGAACGAAGUUGAGCACGAAGUCGAGAACGAAGUUGAGCACGAAGUCGAGAACGAAGUUGACAACGACAUCGAGAACUAUAACCACGCUGAAUAUAGUGACAGUUACCUGGAUGAAGGUGCAGAUAAGAACAUGGAUAUGGAUCUUGAGUCUGACGCCGAGAUUGCAGCCACCGGCAACGAGAUCAAUUCUGGCACAAAGGAGCCUCAUUCCCCUGCACGCGAAGAAACCGAGCUAAACCCAGCUGAAAGCACUGCAAUUAGUCAGGAGCUGACCAGUGAAUGGGCAGACGCUAUGCACCCGAGCCGCAGAGCAAGUGUUGAUAGCACAAGUGACGUGCAGACAAACUAUUCACAGCAUAAUGUGACUAUUGCGACUGACAUUGAUAAUUUCCAAAGCCCGAGGUCGAUACCACCAUCGCCUGGGUUUAAGAUUGCAACAAAAACUAGCGCAAGCACACACACAGCGGGUAGUCAUGUGUUUUCAGAAGAGGUAGGAGCCACUGCUUUCAAAGCACGUUCGAACACAGAAUUGUUGAAAGAGGCAGCAACCGAAGCAACAGAUUCAGCCCAUGCAACUAGCACAAGCAAGAGAAUAAUAACAGCAAUGCAAGACGAAACUGUACCUGAAACUGUUCCUGGACCAAUGGUCGAAGUGAGCGCUAGUAGUCCUUUUGGUUGGGAAGCCACACCUACUUCAGAAACCUCACGCGUUGGAAGCCAACAAGACAGUACUUUGCGUGCUCAAGAAUCAAAAUCAAAACCAAACGCAGCAGGUGCUCUCCCAUCGGCGUUGCCAGAUACAUUGGCAUCAAUUGCGUCCGAAGUUGAAGACAAUAAGAAAUUCGAUAAGAUAAUCUUGCAUAUCAAGAAUGUCGAUGGUUUAGUGGACACCUAUCGCUUGGGCGAGAAUGUUACCUUGGGGAAACUCAUGAAACGGCACUGUCGGUACAGGAAAUUGAAUUGCAACGGGAUUACAUUGAUAUUCAAGUCGUCCGUUGUGUUUCCCUCGGAUACGCCCGGCACUUUGGAAAUGGAAGACGACGAUGAGAUACUUUUGCUAGAGAAUAGUUUAUCCUACUUUCUCUAA